CUAUUAGCCAUUACUAUCAUUACAUAAAUACAGACGUGCUCAUAAAGGGUUCCCAGCUGGCUAAUGUUGGCAACUAAUUGUUGGUUGAGCUGUGGAUUGUGAUUUUAAGAUUAGGCAGGUCCAGCGAGUCGGGAGGGAGCAAGGUUUUGGUUUAUGAGUAACUGCUCUCCCUUGUGUCAAAAGAAUCACCUGCUCCGCUGUCAGAGGCGAAACGACUGCUGCGGCUGAGGAGGGUAAAGAGACGCACAAGCUAAAAUGCUCCCAGAGAAACAGCUCCAGUGCAGCAUCUGUCAGCAGGUGUUGACUGACCCAGUGACCACUCCCUGUGGGCACAACUUCUGCCUGGUCUGCAUUGGGCAGGUGUGGGACAGCAGUGACGUCUGCCAGUGCCCCGCCUGCAGCAAGAUGUUCGCCUCCAGGCCUGAAAUAAGCAUCAACAAGGCCUUCAAAGAGCUGGCAGACACCCUGAGGCAAAUGAUCGUCUGCUCCUCAGCCGCGCCUCUGUCUGCAGCCGAACCGGGCGACGUCGUGUGUGACGUGUGCACCGCCGCCUCCUUGCAGGUGAGGGCCCACAAGUCGUGCCUGGUGUGUCUGACGUCGUACUGCGAGGCCCACCUGGAGCCGCACCGGACCGUGGCCACCCUGAAGAUGCACAAGCUGAUGGAGCCGGUGAAGGACCUGCAGGACAGGAUGUGCAAGAAGCACGAGCGGCUGCUAGAGAUGUUCUGCAGGGCGGAGCAGAUGUGCGUCUGCCAGUUCUGCACCGAGACGGAGCACAAAGACCACCGGGCGGUGACGAUGGAGGACGAGAGCAAGGAGAGGAAGAUCCACAUGAGGCAAACGCAGGCAGAUUUUCAGCAGAUGAUCCAGGAGCGGCGAAAGAAGAUCGAGGAGAUAAAAAACUGCCUGACGCUGAGCACACUGAGCGCCGAGAAGGAGAAGAAGGCGAGCGACAGCCUCUUCACGUCGCUGAUCAACUCGACGAAGGAGAGGCAAGCCGAAGCCGAUGCAGAGAUCGAGGAAAGGCGGCGAGCGGAGGAGAGGAGGGCCGAGGAGCUCAUCGGUGACCUUCAGCAGGAAAUCGCCGAGCUGCAGAGGAGAAGCACUGAGCUAAACGAGCUGGAAAACACGGACGACCACCUGCACCUCCUGCAGAGACUGCCCUCGCUUGUGUCACCUCCACCUACCAAGAGGGAGUGGACAGAAACCAGGAUCUACCCUGAACUUUGCGUUGGAACGGUGAGGAGAGCGCUUUCCAGGCUGCAUGACACUGUGAGGAAAGACCUGGAUAUCUGGAAGAAAGAAGAGAUGAGGAGGAUGCAAAAAUAUGCAGCGGAUCUGGUGUUGGACCCGGACACGGCCCAUCCAAACAUCGUCCUGUCCCCUGACGGGAAGCAGGCGGGCCGAGGCGAGCUGCUGCACAUUGUUCCUGACAUUCCCCAACGCUUUGACCCGGUUAUCUGCGUCCUGAGCAAGAAAGGCUUCCGGUCUGGGAGGUUCUACUUUCAGGUUGCAGUUGGAAAUAAGACCUUCUGGGACCUGGGUGUGGUCAAAGAGUCCGUCAACAGGAAGGGCAUGAUCACCUCCACCCCGGACAACGGCUACUGGACGGUGCGUUUGAGGAACGCCAGUGAAUACCGGGCCCUGGACUCCCCCUCCGUCCUGCUUCAGCUCCAGAAGAGUCCCAAGACCAUCGGAGUGUUCACGGAUUACGAAGAAGGGAUGGUUUCGUUCUUUGACGUGGAUGACAGAUCGCACAUCUACACCUUCACCAGGUGUUUGUUCUCGGAGAGGAUUUUCCCUUUCUUCAGCCCAGGAGUUUUUGACCACGGGAAAAAUACAGAGCCGCUGAUUAUCACAGCUGUCAGUCACGAAAGUUGAAAAGAAACCUUUCAUUGAGUUAGGUGGCGUGUUUUGUACACAACAGAGCAGUUUUCUUUCUUCUAUUCCACUUAAUGUAGGUUGUGUGCGGAAUAUGCAGGUGUUCAUUUUGGAUCGAAUGUGAAGCAGAACAAAUGUGGGUUGAGAGUCCAAUUUCAGUGCUAGUUUAACAGAAACCUGACCAAUCUCGGGUUGGCGUGACAUUUUCGCUUCCAAACUAACAAACAAAACUGAGUGAAAACAAGAUGAUUAUCGGAAUGUCAUUGAUGUCUUCAUCCACAUCCUCCGUCAGUCCUUCCUGUGGAUGCAAACAGUGACCAGUAGAGAAAACCGAUUAAACAAUGACUUAGUGAAAUGAUGAAUGACAUGAACCAAUAACGCUGACAUCCUUGGUAAAUGUUCAAAUUUUAUUUUUACAACUUCGUCAUUGACCCUUGAAUGUGCUGAAACAAAUCAUCUUUCUUCACUCAAAGGUUCUACAUUUAUACACGCUUUUGCGUCAAGGGGCACACUGCCUUUGUCGAUUAUCAGUCACCACCAGUGAAAUAACUAAAACGUCUUAGAAUAAAUUUAACCUUUAUGAUGCUUUUGUGCUUUUGUUCCAGGAGAAAUAGACUUGUGUCAUGUCACACACUCCCAUGGAAAACAGAAAGUCAGGGAUUAGGCCUCGAAAGCUCUGCGUUGGAAAGCUUAAAAGGUUUUAGUUGCAUUUCCUAUACAAUAAUUUCCUAUACAAAAAUCUGGAGUACCAGUAACUGUGGCAUCAUUAAUUACUCUACAAGAAAAAUACAAAUCAUCUGGUAAAUUUUCUCUAUUAUGUCCAUUUUGUAGGACACAAUAGAGAAAAUUCCAAACUCAGUUUGUAAAUAAAGUGUGAAGUUGACUAUUUCACACAUGUGGAAGAGCAGACUGGACAUGGAAGACUUUAGACUUGGGGUAUUUUAGGAUUUUUAGAAAGGGUGGUGAACAGCAUGUGAUUCUGUAGUGUUCCAUAGGGGAUGUGAAUCAAUAUUGGAUGGGAAAUUGUAAUAAUUUAUGCAAUAAAGUGCUUCUAAAACCUCA